AUGGCUGAAGCGACUGAAGCUGAGUUUUCCUGGGGCUGUCAUGCGAACCGAGCUCGACAGAACUUACUUGGAGGAUCUGUGCAAGACAAGCAGACAGGAGAUGUUCGCGCCAAGUUUCUGCUCUUCGAUCAGAAGGCCAAGCAACUUUGUCUCUGUUGCUAUCAGGCGAGGGAGGACGCAGGAUCGUCGCCCUGUCAAACCUAUGCUCUCCAGAGGCUGGGAGAGUCUGAGCGCUUGGAGAACCCGCGGCAGCUCCUGUUAUGUCCCGGACAUUCCAUGUUUGCAUCACUGGAAGUCAUCGCCGGCCGUGCCAGAGCUUGUGUUUGGAACCUGGAGAAGCAGAGAAUACCCGAGUCUUAUUCGCUGGGUGUGACCAUCUCGAGUGCUGAGUCUGCAAGAGCGAUCAGUUGGGUCCAUGGCAUCACAGGCUUGAACAACUCAGCUUUGUGUCUCCUGCUUUCCACGCAAGUGCUCUUGGUUUCUGUUCAGGGCAGCGAAGAAGAAGGAGGACUCGUUGCAGAGGAGUGUUUGCGACUGGAAGUCGGAUUUCCGUCUUCCUGCUUCUGUUGGUCAAAGGAUGGUUGCCAGUUGCUGGUCGGUGGAAGUGGUCAGAUUCUUUGCUUCGCGUGGGGAAACGACAGAGACAGAGAGAGCAGUGAGAGCAACAGCAGAAGCUUGAAGCAGCCGCUCUCCAAAGACUUCCUCUGUGGCGGUGACUGCGUCGAGAUCCAUGCAUGGCAUUCUGCGGCUUUUCUCUGUCGAGUCGAUCACAAGGAGAAGGCGCCGGAAAGCCAGGCUCAGACGGUUCCAGCCUUGAUGCUGCCGGGUGGCCAAACCUGUCACGCGCCAGCUCGCCCUGUCCUGGAGCCUCUCGUCCAAGAAGUGCACGAGCAGAGAGAGACCUUGGAGACCACGGCUGGAGGUGAACUUGGAGGCGGACUCUUAGCUGGCGUGCUGACCGGAAGCAGCUACAGUGGAUGCCCCAGCCUCGCAGGCCUAGGAGGUUUGCAGGUGGUGCCCUGUCGUCGUCAAUUGCUGCCGCUGUGCUUCGAACGGAGAACCGACGGCUUGAAAUUGCAUUGUGGGAACGAGCAAAGCAUAGAGGGUGAGCUCGUUGCUGUGGUUGAUGGCGACAAGCUUGGCACGGCGUGUGUCGUCGUUGGAUCCUUCUGCAAUACUGAGAUCUCUGUUUUUGGUCUGUUACCACCUCACCGCUGGCUGCCCACUUCCAGCAAGACGACUGGGACGACAUGCGGGAGUGAAGGCGAGUGGCGCAAGCUGUUCAGCGUGGACUUGUCGCCAACAGCCCCCAUGCGCCUUUCAGGUUUGGCGGUCUGGGGCGGUCUGGGAGAGCUGGAGGCGCACUGCCUCAUCUCCGAGAGAAGCGAGCCGGGUCCUGGAGCCAGCAUGGCACGGGAGCUUUGGCACAAGUCUCAGAGACUGGCUGAGCAUUUCAUCACCAGCCGGGACGAGGAGGACUGCCAGACGGAAGUCAAGGUUUCUGGCCCGGAGCAAAUCCAGGUCUUCCAGAGGCUAGCAGAUGAUGUCUCCGGCAUCCGGCAAGAGAUGCAGGGCUUGCGAGAGUGCCUGGUCGAGUUCACGCACGACUUCAAGCGCAUGGUUGCAGCCGUGGAAACCUUGGCGAGAAGGUGA